AUGGCCAGCACUUCUGGAGAGCUGCAGGGUCUGGGCCUGUGGUCCUUCUCCCCAUUGGGGUGUGGAGGGCCGAGGGUGAAGAUGGCGCUCUACUCCCAUGACGACGGCGAGAGCGGCAGCGCCCAGGCUCGGGCGUGUUCGACCAAGGGACGGCCCCACCUGCUCCUCGCGGGCGUUGAGUACUGGGUGGUGGCCAUCUACGACCGCAUGGCCUUCCACAGCAAGGUCAAUCGCAUGGACGAGCUGGAGACGGGGUCGAUCGCGCACUACGCCUCCUACGCCCACGUGUGCGAAGUCACUCCCUUCCCGGCGCAGUUCCCGAGGCAGGCCGGCAAGCGAGAGGACACGCACGGGUACUACAUGUGCCUGGUGCCCCGCUCCGCCCUCGCGGUCCUCGAAGCCAUGGACGACGACCCGGACGCGGCCCUCAUCGACCAGCGCGAGAAGGAGGCCUACCACCACCACCGCCACCAUCCAACGCUUUCCCGAUCGGGCUGCGAGCGGGAAGUCGAAAGUGCAGAGGAGGAGGAUCGAGAGGGCUUCGAGUCCGCCGCCGGCAUCUGCCGGCACUUCAAGCCCUUCCGGAUGGAGCUGCAGGCGUGGGAGAGCGCCCCGAAGACGAUCAAGCGGCUGGAGGUGGCGGCGCGGGUAUUCUGCGCGUCGUGCCACGCUCUGUUCAGCGACCGAGCGCAGCUGGCCCUCCACCGAUGUCGUCACCAAGUGCGGCCGGCGGCCUCGACAUGA